AUGGAUGAGAAUUACGAUGAAGAUGAACCUGAGCACAUGGCGGCUGCUGAGAUGGAACACCUAGAUGCCGAUGCUGGCUACGUCAAUGAUGCUAAUGCGGUAGAUCAAUCCGAUCCUGAGAUUGAGGGCACGUAUUCCAGGACUUCCAGCGUUGUGGACAAGCUAGAUGACGAAGACGAGUUUGACGAUUCUAAAUAUGCUAGCGUGGUGGGACAGUCUGGUGUUGAAAUGAAGGAUGAAGCUCCUGAAUCGUCUAGUGACAUGGAGCAAGCAGACGAUGAAAGUGAUAGAGAGCGUUCCAAAUUGGCUGCAGACCUUGCUGCGCCAAUGGUCCUAGGUAGCGGCGAAUAUGAGUUGGAUGUUGAUCAACAGUCACAAUUAGCUUACAAUGAAGAGCGAUUAUUAUAUGAGCGUAAGCGCCUAUCAUACACGGAGGAUGAGGGUGAACAAAGUUUUACAGACAGAUCUGUAGAUGUGUCAUCUAGGGACCAAUCUCCCGCAGACAUGUUAAGAAUGUCAGAACGACAUCGCGAUGACACAGAUGAUGAAUUAUACACCAGGGGUGAGGACCAGCAUGCUGAAUCGCCACGGUCGGACCAAUCGGUUACCCCCAGGAACUUUGACAAAACAGACGACAUCAUGUACGGAGACCAGCCAUCCAAUGCAGACGUUGCCGAAUCUUCAGAUGAUGAACAACGCGAUGAGUCUCCUCAUACGGUGUCACAGGUCGACCGCCAGAAAUUCGAGGUGAUCAAGGGUGAUUCGGAUGAUUCCCGCUACUCGCCCAACAGCAGCGACAGUGAGGAAGACUUCCGCGCCGAUACUCCUCGUCCUGAGAAAUCAACCCAAUCGGAAUCUCUGGAGACGGAUGAUCGUGAACGUCAGGAUUCCGUGCAGUCGGAUGAGCCGUCAGGUUCGGAGACGUCGAAGAUCAGCGCUGCGAACAGCGAAGCUGGGGCCGAAUCAACUCAAGGCGACUCAACCCCAAAGUUGUACAAUGUGUCUAACAAAUCUUCACGAAAACGCAGUGAUAAUGUGACACCGGGCACCAGCGAGAAUCCGCUCGACAUCACCGACUUCAUAGUGGACUCGGGGAGCUUGCUGCAGCUCUACCAAAACGACUACUUCGACGCCUAUAUGCACAUGCACCAUCUCUAUUACAAGAAGGAGGCGGGCGUGCACGAAUAUCUGGUGAACCUCCUGUACUCGAAGCGCACAGACAACGAGGUGAUGUUCUACUUGCCGCAGCUCUGCCAGCUCUCGAUUUCAAAAUACGGCAAAUCGUCGCUUCACAGGUUCCUGUUGGACAAAGCGUCCACUUCGAUGCAUUUCGCUCUGAAGCUGUCGUGGUUCUAUCAGGCCAUUAUAUCGGACCAAGCGUCGAAGAUCGGCCACCUGGCGCAAAAAAUGACGCAGGAAACGGAGAUGGCUGUCGUCAACAGCAAGCUCAUAUCACCGGUGGCGACCUGCCUGCCUCCAACUGAGGACAGGGAGCUCAACCUGUGCUCCAAGGGCCUGCUAAUUCGCAGGGUUAUUAUACGGGCGAUACGUGCUGGGCACGACAGUGGCUUCAAUACAUCGACCGAGGUAGAUUUGUUGGACAGACCCAAGCUGCCCUCGCAACUGAACAACAGUGCGAUGGUGCUGACGUGUGCUACCUCCAAAGCGAAAUUCCACACUCCCUACGCCAAGAUCGGAAAUCCUCUGGAGUUGGACCUGCACCCGUAUGUCGACUGCCCCGACUCAAUGCAGUUCGAGCUGGAACGGCUGAUGCUGAAGCAGCGCAGACUCGACUAUUUCAACAUGCUUAGCAACUUCGUCAAGCUGUGCAUGGACAUCUCUAAGUUGCUGACCACCGUGUCAAAGCGUGACGCGCGGCAACCGCUGCUGGCGCUAUUCGCGAAGUCGAUGAACGAGUGGAUGCUGAUGCAGCGCUGCACCGUCGCAGCCUACGAGGAAAGCUUCGCAUAUAAGGGGCUGUCUCUGCCCAUGCGUAAAAUGGGAAGGGACAAACGCACAGGCAUUCCAUUCCAGUUCCUGCGCAUCGUAGAGGAGGAAACAAAGAUCUUCCUAUCCAAGAAACGCGCGCCUUUCGUGUUCUACUUUGAAAUCGCAAACCUGGAUGAGGAUGUGAGGCAAAUUUCACGCUCAGACGACCGUAAUGCCAUCACUGACGCCACGUUCAGGGACCUCGGUGUCUAUGUGGCUAUCGUGAAGGACCUGGUGUCAUCCGGGCUGCUGGACGUCGCCGACGUCUCCUGCAUACAGAACCCGCUGGACUGCAUCAGGUACACCAUGGGAAUGUUGCCACCGGAUGUUCUGAAGCGCUACGAGGAGCGUAAGAAGGAGUUCAAGAGCGGUUCCAUAGCCAGCUGGAGAGGAGGCGAUGACGAAGACGCCUCCUUCCUCAUUUCGUCCGUCCAUGAAAUGUCACUGGGUGCAGGCAGCGAAUACGGCGACAACAGCGCCCGCAGCGAGCACUCGCCCGCCAGGUCGCAGUCGGUAGUGGAGACGAAAUACCCGCUCAUCAGCAAGAUGUCAGCUCGGGAGGCCCAGGCGGUCAUAUUCCCCGAGUUGCUGGACGACAAGAAAAAGCGCAUCAGGCAGUACAGCCCCUACGGCAAGCUGGAAACGUGGAAUGUGAAGGCUGUAAUCAUCAAGGGAGGGGACGACCUCAGGCAGGAGUACAUGGUCAACCAGCUGCUCACGCUGUUCCAGCAGAUCUUCGCCAACGCCCAGCUACCGCUGUGGCUGAGGCCCAUCGAGAUCCUCGUGACCGGGCCGAAUUGCGGAAUCAUCGAGUUUUUGCACGACACGUGCUCUGUGGACGUUGUGAAGCGCAAGUUCAACGUGGAGUCGAUCGCCAAGGCGUUCGAGCGCAUCUUCGCCGACAACCUCUUCGAGGCGCGCAAGAACUUCAUCGAGAGCCACGCAGCGUAUUCCGUAGUGUCCUACCUGCUGCAGAUCAGGGACAGGCACAACGGCAAUAUACUGCUCGACAGCGAGGGGCACGUCAUCCACAUCGACUACGGGUUCUGCCUGUCCAACACGCCUGGCAACAUCAGCUUCGAGACGUCGCCGUUCAAGCUCACCAAGGAGUACGUUGAUGUGAUGGGUGGCGAGACUUCGGACAACUUCGAGUACUUCAAGACUCUGGUCAUCCGCGGUCUGCUGGAGGCCCGGAAGUACAUGGACCGCAUCGUGCUGCUGGUCGAAAUGAUGACUGGCGCGUACAAGAUGCCGUGCUUCGUGGCCGGAACGGCCUACACCCUGGAUAUGCUCAGGGAGCGGUUCAUGCUCAACCUGUCGGAGGACGUGUGUAUCGACCGCAUCAUGGCGAUGAUCGACGAGUCGCUGAACAACUUCACCACCGUGCAGUACGACAACUUCCAGAGGCUCACGAACGGUAUUAAGUAA